AACACGGUCGCGUGUUCAACCGCAACAUUUUUUUUUCCGGCGAAGGAGCUGACGAGUCAGCGCGUCACCGCCGAGACAUAAACCACCGUUUUAUCCGGUUUUGAUCGACAUCUUUUUUACGGAUACGAUGAGGUGGUGACCCCGGGGUCGGCCAGGCCCCCCCCCCCCCCCCCCCCCGUGAGAUGACUGCAGCUCAGCACGGAGGAAAGACGGCGCCGCGCGAUUGAGAGCGAGCGAGCGAAGAAUGGGCAGGAGCGCCUGGGGCUGCUGGCAAAGCGUCGUCUCCACCGCAGUGCUCUACGGCUCGUUGGCCCUGUUCAUCUCCAUCCUCCACAAUGUGUUCCUCCUCUACUACGUGGAGACGUUCGUUUCCAUCUACAAGAUCGAUAAAGUCUCCUUCUGGGUGGGAGAGGCGGUGUUCCUGAUAUGGAACAGUGUGAACGACCCUCUCUUCGGCUGGCUGAGCGAUCGCUCCUUCCUCAGCUCUCCUCAGUCCGGCUCUCAGGUCACCACUCCCGAGGUGGUGCUGAAGCGCCUGCAGGCCCUCUCCACCAAUGGCCCGCUCUUCGCUCUGUCCUUUCUGGCCUUCUGGGUGGCGUGGGCCCGACCGGGGCUGCAGUUCCUGCUGUGCCUGUGUCUGUACGACGGUUUCCUCACGAUGGUGGACCUCCACCACAGCGCCCUGCUGGCGGACCUCGCCGUGUCCGCCGCGGAUCGCACGCGCCUCAACUUCCACUGCUCCGUGUUCAGCGCUCUGGGGUCCCUCUCCGUGUUCCUGUCCUACUCCUUCUGGGACAAGGAGGAUUUGUACUCCUUCCGCGUCUUCUGCGUGAGCCUCGCGGCGUUUUCCAUCGUGGGCUUCUUCUUGGUGUCACGGUUGCUCCGGCGACGUUUCCAAAAGGAGGUCCGCGUGAGACGGGAUGAGGCGAUGGCGCUCAAAGAGCUGAGUGUUGGCCAGGCUCCGCUGACCCAUGCGGAGAACCCCGUCACCAUUGGACAGUACCUCAAGCAGCUCUCCAAACACAGGAACUUCAUGUGGUUUGUGUCGAUGAACCUUGUCCAGGUGUUUCACUGCCAUUUUAACAGCAACUUCUUCCCUCUUUUUCUGGAACAUCUGCUGUCUGACAACAUUACCGCCUCGACAGGUUCAAUCUUACUCGGCAUCUCAUACAUUGCCCCCCACCUGAACAACUUGUAUUUCCUGACACUGUGCCAGCGUUACGGGGUUUACCAGGUUAUCCGCUGGCUAUUUAUGCUCAAACUGGGACUUAGUGUGGUUAUGCUGCUGGCAGGGGCUGACCACAUUUAUCUGCUGUGCAUCUUCAUCGCUAGUAACCGGGUGUUCACGGAGGGCACGUGCAAGCUGCUGAAGCUGGUUAUUUCCGAUCUGGUGGACGAGGACUACGUGGUCAACCGGCGUCCGCAGGCCACCUCGGCUCUCCUCUUCGGGAUGGUCGCCCUGUUGACCAAACCGGGCCAGACAUUCGCCCCCCUCAUCGGCACCUGGCUGCUGUGCGUGUACACAGGUUAUGAUAUUUUCGAGAGGGAGCCCGUGAGGGACUCUCUGGUUUCCGUGCCUGACGUGGCCUCCGGCUCGGGGACUCCGCCCCUCCGCCUGGGCUGCUUCUACAUGGUGGUGUUCGUGCCUAUCACCUGUGCCCUGCUCCAGCUGGCCGCCUGGUCUCGCUUCACCCUCCACGGACGAAAGCUGCAAGGGAUCAAGACCCUGAGGCAAGGGGCCCAGCAUGGCCACCUCAUCGACGUCAAGGCCAUAUGAGCGGCGUGGCCGUGAAGCUGCACACAGACACUUUUUUUUUUUUUAAACAAUCAUUUUUUACAAUCUCAGCCUCAUGUGCAAGAAUAUGAACCACGACACAACGUGUGGCUCUGUGGACGGUGAACGAUGCACAAUAGGCUGACAAAGCCCACUGGGAAGAAAAACAACAUAUUUGGUUAAAGGAAAAAUUAAACCUGCCUUAUUUUUGUAUUUAGAUUAUUGACUUAUAUUUAUAUUUGAACAGAUGACCAAAAGAUAAAGUCAAACCAAUCAAUCCUUUUUGGAUGUAGUCGGACCAAGGUGAGAACUUUUCACUGCGUUCGCCAAAGACAAGGUGCCCUCUUUUAAACAGUUUUAAGCAAAGCCUCCAGAAAAAACCGCCUUGGCAGCUGGGUAAUUUUAUCAUUAACAUCAGCCAGAUGUUAAUGAUAAGAAGAAAUUUACCACAGAGCGACAGUUCUGAAUUUUCUAACGUUUAUUGACAAGAUGAAGAACAUGACAUUAACUUGCAUUAAUGUGCUCAAGAGUGCCAUUGAAACUGCAUGGAACACACGUCCUGUUGUUUUUACCAGUUUAUUUACAUGUACACACGAUGGCCUGCCAGUUUGACAUGAAGAACUGUGUUUUCUGAUCCGUACGGUAUUGAUUAUGAUGAUUUUUUUUUGCACAAAACUGCCAUUUGUCCGUUGUACUUCUAACAUUCUGAUUGUGACAUAUAUUUUAUGUACCGUAAAUAAUGAAAAAAAUGGUAACCAUAUUAUCUUAUCACUUUUGUAAUUUUUCAGAUAAUACAAAGAAUGCGUGGCGUUACCAAUAAACCUCAUCUAAAAGUCUA